AUGAGCGCUGAUGACAUUUCCAGCGUUGAAGACAUCUCUGGCGGUGUUCCGGCCACCAGCCAGACAGACAACAGUCUUAUCGAAGCCUUUUCAGCAGUGACAGACUUGCCGUCCUUUUCUGUGUCUAUCGACGUUUCUGACUCCUCGGAAACAAGCGGGUCGGACUCCACAUAUAACAUUUCAUUCUACUCGCGAACGCUAGGCCGGAAGAAAUGCUUAAACAUUAAUAACUGUGUCUUGCGCGUUGCAGACGACAAACAAGAUGACUUGGCCGCUGCGCUAGAGAUCUUUCUAAAAGCUCGAGACCCCCUCGCUAACCAGAAGUUCUACAACUACCCCAGCCUAGAAUUUUAUGUUGACCCAAUUCACACAAUUAUACUCAAGGCAAUAGAAGGGUCGUCUGGCCCCAAAGCAAGAAUGUCUGACAUUUAUGCAUUGUCUGCCCUACAGUGUGAUCCCUCCUCAUGCAGAACCGAGGACACACUAAUGCGUACCAAGUUGGAGGCCAUCUAUCCAUUGCUUUCGUGGGUUCCUCAACGCUCUAAGGCAUACCUAGAGUCUAUGUUGCCAGUUAGCAUGAGUCGCCAUUUGAACCUGCCGGCAAAGCUGUGCAUGAGCCAGCCCCUGGGCCGAAAUAAUGAUGAGUCCAACGAAGAAGUUGAUGGCGAGGUAGACUGCAUAAGGAUUCAAAUAGGUAAUAAGAUCCAUCCCUUUGAGAGAGUCACAAGCAUACCCCAUCUAGGAACCACCCUACUAUCUAAGGCAUACGUCGGCAUUGAUGAUGAAUCCCCUGUAAUAGUAGAAUUCGUCUGUCCAGUCUGCAGCAUGGAGCUAAAUGUGGAUGAGGUAAUUAAAGAUCUUUUGAUUGAACAUGGAGUUUCACUGUUAGAGCGUCAAAUAGAAGGACUCGACCUUUCGGACCCGGAUUUCCCAAAGGAUAAGUACACUCUGUCUAGGGUAGAAAAGGCUAAAGAGAUCAGCGUCCACGAAGCGGUAGGACAUCUUCGUAGAGUCGUGAGUGAUUCGCUGCGUGAGUACUUCUGUAGACAUCUGGCGAAGGAGAAGUUGAGGCUUCAAGGCAUAAUGUGCCCCGACGAACUGAUGGAGGGGCAAUAUAGGAUAUUCAUGACAGAGCUUAAGAGGCGACUGGCAGAGGCAUCUCUGUAG